CCACUGCCACAGUUCCUCUGGACUUUACUCUGAACAGGAUCGGGUCGCGGAGAUUUUAACGCAGAAUCAUGGAUGUGAAGCUACUGGCCGUCGUGGCUGCACUGACAGUGGUGAUAUACUCACCUCCAUCUGAAGCAAAGCCCAUCAGCCUGGUGGAACGAUGCUAUUGCCGUGCAACCAUUAACACCCUCCCGAAAGGUUUGAUCCGAGAGCUCAGAUUCCUCCACACUCCUAACUGCCCCUUCCAAGUGAUUGCCAAGCUGAAGUCAAACAAGGAGGUGUGUUUGAACCCAGAGAUGCGGUGGCUGAAGAAUUAUCUGAAGAACGCCAUCAACAAGAUGAAGAAAUCCAAGGAGGCCAACUAACAUCUCUGCAAGAGAUCCUCCUGAGUCACUGCUGAGGAUUUUGGCCUUCGUCACAUAUAUAAACAUAAAUCGAAAGAUCUUCUGGUAUGUCAUACAGCACUUAUGUUAGCUGCUCUGCUGCAGCCUUUUUGCAUGGAUUGAAUCUCCAACUCUUCAUCAUGAGCAGCAGUUCCUGGAAUUAUCUUGUUCAUCGCCACUUUUAACAAAUAUCUUUAGUGCAAAGUGCCAGUAUAUCUGAGUGUAUGUUUUGCUAAAUACAUUGUAUAUAUUUUUUUGAUUUUCCAUUUAACAGUAAAGAGAUAUUUUUUAAGAUUCACUUGUCCCUCUGGCCAUGUCUGUCAUUAAAGGAAAAAAAGGGCUCUAAGUGUGAGGGAUGUAUGUCUCAACAUCUCCUAUUUUUGUCAACCAGGAAAUUCAGCCAAUUGUAAACAUGCGUAUCCUGAUGGUUUGUGAUGAAUGAGCGGUUCCUUAUCCAAAAAUAAAAAAACAACAACAACAACAACAAAAAACAAGCUAAUUGGCACCAAGGAAUUUCAGUGGGUGCCAGCUACUCCUUGACUAAACAUAAGAUGUGUGUAAAAUCCUAAUAACAAAUUUCAAUUCAUGUUGGUAAUGGAACUUUGGAGACCUAUAAAGAUGAAACAUUUCCUCCGACUGCGAUUAUGUAAUUUAUCCACUUGUGCUUUUUUCUUAAUUCGUGGCAAAUAAAAAAGACAAAACAAAAGAAAACAAAACAAAAAACAUCUGGUUUCCAAAAAAGUUUUAAUUGAGCAGCCUAUAAAUUAAAAUGUACUGGAACCAUAAAGUUGAAUCAGUUAACAAGAAGCCAGGAGAACAAAUCGCAAUGAUCCCUAGUCACAUCUGGCAGCCUUUGUGUUUCCGUUUGGUUUGUGUUAAACAAGGAUGCAUAACAGUUUCUCCACUGGCAGUUAACACAGAGAGAAACACUGUAGGCUGGACAGGAAGCAGUACUAAAAUGUACAUGAAUGUGACUACCUACAACCGCCACGCAUGUAGCAAUGCACUUUAAAUGUGAUGUAUUCCUGUGUGGACAGAAAACUUUUCUAACCGUGCCUAUGUACGUCUGUCUUAGUUUUUUUGUUUUUUGAGUUUAUGUUCUUUCUACUUUGAUCACUGAAUGUUUAGCUGCAGCAAAUGUUAAAUUUGGGAGAUGCAUCCAUGUAUUCCUUUAACUCUCCUGCUCAUAUGUAAUAUUAAUGAUAUACAAAUGUUUUAUUUUUGUACUCUUACACGUUUAAACAUUUUAAAAUGAAGGACUUGUACUCUCACAACUGAGCCAUGCAGCUUUUUUUAUAUCGUGAAACUUGUAUACAUCUGUUGAGUAAAAAAAAAAAGAAAAAAUCUUUGUAAAGA